GAUAAGUAUUUGUUGUUGUUGCUUGCGCUUGUUGCCAAGGUAACUCAAAAACGCAAACACAACAAAGUUCGAUCUUUUCGUGUGCCUUAUACCUACACAUGUAUGUGUAUGUGGAAUACUUCCUUCCGGUCUAAUUUGUAUACCAAUUCAAAGCUAAUACGCUAUGAGAUACCUCGAUCAGGACACUAACCAGAACACUGGGUGAUAAUAAAACUACAAGCCACAUUUUAUACAUGCUGCCUUACUAACUACUAGCUAAAUUAAACCACCACAAUUGCCUUAGAAAGAAAGAGGGAGAGAGAGGAACCGAGCUUAACUAGUCAACGAAUUUUAGAGCCAAGUCUGCCAAAAACUUACAUGAGAUGAGCACACGUUUGGCAACGCAACGUCAGUUUAUUAUCUCGAGCAGCGCCGCUGUUGAGGCUGUUGAUAUCAUUGAAGCGGAUGCUGAGGAGACGCAGCAGCAGCAGCAGCAACAACAACAACAACAACAGCAGCAGCAGCUGGUCGCCAAGACAACAACAACAACAUCGACAACAACAGGAGUAACAGCCACUGGGCAUCUGUUAAGCGUAGCGUCCAGCACUCCCUCACCACCGAGUGUGCAUGGCGAGCAUUAUGAGUUUUGCACCGAAGACGGUGUUGUUGUGGCUGCCACAUUGGAAGAUGUCAUGACACAGAAUUGCCAAUUGUUGCAAAAGAAACUGAGCGACGCCAUUGAGGCUAAUGACAAUGGCACAACAAGCUCGGAGCAACAACAAUUGGAGGUCAUCAGUGUGGUGCUGCCCAUGGAUACGAGCGAUUCCAGCGAGGAGGCGCAUUUGCAUGCACAUGUGCACUCUGUAAGCGGCGAGACCAAUGCCACAGCAACAGUCACAGGCGGAGCCAAUGGCAAUAGGAAUAGCAAUAACAAUACUAGCAACAACAACAACAACAAUACAGCCACAAUACAUGACUUGGCUGGUCUAAGUGCAAUCAAGGAUAGCGUCGAUCUGGCGCAACAAGUGGCCAAUGGCCAACUGACCGUAGUGCAGACUAGCGAGGAUGAUGAUGGCACACCAUUUAUAACGGUUACAGUUUCCGGUCAGGAGCAAAACUAUCAAGUGCAAUAUGUGGACUCGGAAUUGUACCACAGCAAUUCGAGUCAAACGCAAAUGACAUAUCCGUUUUGCCCUGUAGGCGAUUACCAGAGCAGUGGUCAGACAUAUUACUCCACAACGGCGGCGGCAGCGGCGGCGGGCAACUAUGCAACGGCAACGGCUGGCGGUGCGGUGGGAAGCGCGCAUUCGACAACGCUUCCGUAUUUGGUGCCCGUGGAGGAGAGCCUGAUAUUGAAUGGGUCAUCGCAGUCGCAUAGCCGCGACUCGCCGCACAGCUUGACGGUGAGUAGUAGGAAGCGUGAGUGCGAUAGUGUGAGUGGGCCAUUGACAUUGACUAACCAUUGGGCGCAACUGCAGCAUGAGGUUGCCUACAUACAGGAAGCGCAGAGCACACCGCAGACGCCCACAUCGACAACAACAACGCACUCGGCCAGCGGCAGCAUUGGCAAUGGGCCCGACGGGGCGUCGCCCGACAGUGACCAGAGCGCCCUGGGCAACAGCAACAAGAUUGCCUCGGCAACGAUCAAAUGGCUGUCGCGUAACUACGAGACGGCCGACGGCGUCAGUCUGCCACGCUCGACGCUCUAUAACCACUACAUGCAGCACUGCAACGAACAGAAGCUGGAGCCAGUGAAUGCAGCCAGCUUUGGCAAGCUGAUACGCUCGGUGUUCUCCGGCCUGCGCACACGUCGCCUGGGCACGCGCGGCAAUUCGAAAUACCAUUAUUAUGGCAUUCGCAUCAAGCCCGGCUCGCUGCUAACACACCAGACGAUGGAGGACAAGUCAAUGCAGGCCUUUAGCACCACCCAUGCAGGCGCCCAACUUAUCAAUGUCAGCAGCAGCGCCGGCAGCCAUCAGCAGGGCGGCGGCUCCAAUGGCACCACCAAUGGUCUUGCCGCAAGCGCCAACCAGCGCGCUGCAGGCGCCAAAAAGCACAACUUCAAACCGGAGACCUACGAGACGUGCAUACAGUACAUUGGCGAUGGGGCGGGUGCCAUGCCACAAUUUCCGGUGAUUGAGCUGAGCCACAGUUUCCACAGCGAACUCACGCUGGACGAUGUGGACACAUUCCGUGGUCUGUAUCGUGAGCACUGCGAAUCGUUUCUGGAUGCGGUGCUGAAUCUGGAAUUUGGCACCGUUGAGUUUUUGCUGCGCGACUUUUGGCGCACCAGCGACAACAACAAUCUGGACGAGUGCGAGGAGGAGAAGUAUUUGAGCAAAACGAAGCUCUAUCUCUUGUGCCACUGCGCAGAAGUGCAAAAGUUUGUGCGCGAGGUGGACUAUCAGUUCUAUCAGAACACUGUGGAUGUUAUCAUUCCGGACGUGCUGCGUUCGAUACCAAAUGCUCUGACGCAGGCCAUACGCAACUUUGCCAAGAAUCUGGAGCUGUGGCUCUGUGAGAGCAUGCUGGGCGUGCCGGAGCAAUUGGCGCAGAUUAAGACAACCGCUGUGUCGGCAUUCUGUCAAACCCUACGCCGUUAUACAUCCCUCAAUCAUUUGGCACAAGCGGCACGCGCUGUGCUCCAGAACGGCGCACAAAUUUCACAAAUGCUCAGCGAUUUGAAUCGCGUGGAUUUUCACAAUGUGCAGGAGCAAGCUGCCUGGGUUAGUCAGUGUGCGCCGGCGGUGGUGCAGCGUUUGGAAAAUGAUUUCAAGACGGCACUGCAGCAGCAAAGUUCGCUGGAGCAGUGGGCCAGCUGGCUGCAAAUCGUAGUCGAGUCUGCGAUGGAGGAGUAUACGGGCAAGCCGAGCUAUGCGCGUGCAGCACGGCAAUUCUUGCUGAAAUGGAGCUUCUACAGUUCCAUGAUCAUUCGAGACUUAACGCUACGGUCGGCGUCCAGCUUCGGCAGCUUCCAUCUCAUACGCCUGCUGUUCGAUGAGUACAUGUUCUAUCUGGUGGAGCAUAAGAUAGCCGAGGCGCAACAGAAGACAGCCAUUGCAGUCAUAUGCGAGCGCAUGAAGAAAGAAAUGGAUUUUGAGUUUGAAUGCCAGUUUGCGUACAUCACCAGCGACGGCGAGCAGACCACAAACACUAGCACUGGCCCCCACAGCAACAAUGUGGCCACAUCUGGCGCCGUAAACAGCACGCCCGGCAACGAAGCCAAACGUCUCAAACAGGAAUGAGUGUGGCAUGGAGUUCCCCGAUGCUAUAUUAAGUUGCUAUAUUUAAUAGUAUAUUGUUAUGUACCCAGAAAUCAUCAGAAAUCAUCAUCAUCAUCAUGCGCUGCAAUUAGUCAAAACGUAUCAAAGAUUAACUCUCACUACAGCUGUGCAUUUAAUAGUCAAACAAGUCUGCAUGUCUGCAUGCAUGUAUUUGGUUUUAGACAUUAGCUCAUAGGCAUCUACAUCUAUCUAUCUACAUAUAGUAUAGGGUAUACAAUACAUUGUAUAAUUAAAAUAUUAUUGCCCACGCAUAAAGUGAAGAACCGUCCAGGCAGCAAGCGCAUCCAACGCCCUGCGAGCGUUAGCCUUGUCUGUUUAUGAAUACAGUGUAUUCCAUUGGAAGCAGAAGCAGAAGCAGAAGCAGAAACUGAAACUAAAACUGAAAAAGAAACACUUUAAUUUAAGUCAGGUAUUUGUGUCUAAAAUAAACCGUAAUAUUUAAUAUUUGUUUAAAGUAAACUUAAGAGAGCGCAACAGUUUUGUCUGGUUUCAACUUCAGAUUGUACAGCAGCAUGUACUUACUUACAUAUAAAAAAAUAGUUUUUAAAAGAAACACACACAUGUAGAUGCAUGCACCAGCAACAACACUUCAUUGUGUAUAGUUAUAGUUAAGCGAAAGUGCUCAGCUCGUAAAUGGUUUGCUCAAUUGGCUAUGGAGAAUGUAAAGCGGAGAGUGGACAGUGAAAAGUGGAAAGCGUAAGCUACGUAAACAACAGGCCUUAAAUGUGCAAAUAUCAACACUCAAUUUAUUACAAUACAAUACAAUGCAUAAAAGAAUUUUGAAAUUCAAACUUAUAUACAAAGUAAGAAUCUACAGUGAAGGAUAGAGAGAAAUAUUUUAACAGAGGCGCUUAAUAAAGUAUUUUAUGCCAUUUUUAGGUAUUUACUCAACAAGCAACAAAUACAAAUACAAAUACAAAUAUAAACAAAAAAGAAACUAUCUUUUAUAAGUCAAACGGCUACAUACAUCUAUAAGAAAUGCAACGAAAAACAAAUUCUAGUCUUAUCAACAACAUUAAGUAUGAGCACCUUCAAGCAUAAUCGUUCGUAAUUCGGCUCUUGACGAAUUUACCAAGCUCAGACUACUGAAUAUGUGAUUCACUUUAACACAAAGUCUAUUACCAAAGUCAAUGCUUGUUGUGUGCUUCAAUAAUUUAUGCUAAUCCUUGUGUAUUCAUUCAAAUUUUGUACUUCUGUCCUUUGAAAUCAACAAAAUCUGCAUGUUUCCUCAAAAAUUGUUGUACUAAUUUAAUUUUAAGAUUUGACUUUUAUCUAUGUUCUCUAACUGCACAAUUAAAGAUGCUCAAUGUCAUUGCGUUGUGUCGACUAGAGAUAUAUCUAUCUAUAAACUUCAAUUUUAUUGCUCAAACUACAAAAAUAAGCUGAAACUUGAGCUUUAUUGGUUGUUAAAAUA